CUGUGGUUUUUGUCUUUAUCAGCACGUCCGUGAGUGUUUUAAAUAUUUUUUAUUUCAAUCAAAAAAUUUUUACCGAUAAUUUUACCACGAGAGACUUUGCGGGCUUAAAUAAGAAGAUUUUCCGCAGCUAAUAUUACUGUUAAACUAUAUAUCAAUCCCUAAUUUGUAUUCAAUUCAAUUGAAGCUUUUUUUGGUGGUUUCGCUGUUGAAUUGUUCAAUUGGAAGCACAGUCAUGAGGGUACUUUCUAAAGCACUGUUUUCUACUUGCGAUUGCUUAAAUUUCAAGAUCACUCGAUCAUUUUCCAUCAACUGCAGAAUGUUGCAAAAUGCUCAACCAAUAUCGAUUCCAACUCCGGAUAACGAACCUUUUCCAGUUUCGCCUAAAAUAGAUAGUCUUGUCAAUGAAAUCUCCAAACUGACUUUGAUCGAAGUAUCAGAAUUGAGCUCCGUUUUGAAAAAAAGAUUGAACAUACCAGAUACACCAGUGAUGUCAUUCGGUGCGGUACCUGCAGCCGCCCCUGCUGCAGCAGAAGAGGACGAUGAAGACGCAGCUCCUAAGAAAGCAGUCAAAACCAGUUUUAAUGUGAAGUUAGUCGAAUUCAGUAAUGAUAAAAAAGUAGCUCUGAUCAAAGAAAUCAAAUCAAUGCUUACUGAUAUGAACUUGGUGCAGGCCAAAAAAUUCGUCGAAAGCGCUCCAGUGAUAGUGAAAGCUGAUUUAGAAAAAGAAGAAGCUGAAAAGUUGAAAGAAACUUUGGAAAAAAUUGGCGGCGUAUGUCAAAUUGAGUAAAAAUCAUUAUUGUAACAUCAGCUAAUCGUGUAGUUUUUAGACGUGAAAAAUUUCAGGAAUUUUUUUUAUUGUUUUCAUGUUUUUGGAAAACUUGAAUUGUAUAAUACGUCGAGGAGUAAUCCUUUCCUCUUUUUUUUAAAAAAUAUGCAUUAAGAAACUGUUGAUCAAUA